AUGGAACCGAACGGAAAGAACGCCGGAGCAGUGCCACUGACACCAUCGAAGUCGAAGGAUUCCAGCAAGUCAAAGCUACCAGAGAAUAUAAACCCUAACGUUACUAGCCCUAAUCUGAAAGCCUUGAAUUCCCCGUCACUCAAAUCAGCGACUAAAGUCCAGAAAUCGGCGAUGAAGAAACCUAAUCAUAUCUCUUCGCCUUCUCUCAAGAACAAGAUUCGGGAGAGUAAGUUUGUGGUGGCGAAGAAGAAUUCGAAGAGAGACAAGGAUAAAACCCUGAUUUCAGUCGAUUGGCUUUUCAAUCGGAGUGAAGUUUCUGUUCAAGAAGAAAACCCUAGUUUACCUGUAGGUCUUCAAGGAAAAUCCGAAGAAGAUGACGUUUUUGAGAUGUCCGGUGAUAAGAGGAGAAAGGAGAAAUUGUUGGAUGAACCAAGAAAGAGCAUUCCUAAACCUGGAUCUGGAAGAGUUUUGCAUUUGGUCAAGGCCUUUGAGAAUAUUCUCACAUUACCAGAUUCAAAUGAGGAUGAACUCGAAGAUCAGACAAACAACAAUCUUGAAAGACGAUUCUCUUAUACUUCAUUCAACCCAUUUGAUCUCUUACUUACUAUAGAAAAUCUAGGUUUGUGUUCUUCGCUUGAUGGCAGCCAUGGGAUGUUGGUUGAUCAUCAUCUAAAAACUCUGCCAUGA